AGAGAUAGUUGUAAACUCAGGAGGUUAUGGGAUGAAAUUAACUGAUGUGAAUUCAGUCAAGAGAAAGCUUCAGCUGAAUAGACUGGCAAACUCAAAUAAGGUAAUUCAGUUCAUAUCGUUCAUGGAUUUUCAUCCAUGGACUAUCCAUGUUAUCGAUCGAGCCAAAAUUUGGAAGAAGAAAUAUGCUUUUUUAGAAUGUCAGUUAAUGUCAAUUAGUUAAUCAUAAGUGACUAAUUUAAAAAGAGAAGAGA